AUGGAAGACUUCGUGCAACUCAUUGUGAAAUGUUUUCCAAUAGCAACGUUCAUCCUAGUCGUUUCGCUUUGUGUAAGAUCUCCAGAUAAUAUUCGGAUGAGACUGAGAGCAUUUCAGUCGAACAGGAGCACGGAGAUCAAGCCGAAUCGUGCCAGAAAACUGACAAUCUCGACGACGACGUCCACUCUUUCGGCAGAAGACGUGACGUACAUCGAGGAGAGCAUCUCGGAAUUGACAAUAACGGAAGCGCCGCCGGAAGAUCGGCAAGUCGCGUGCGGAAACAAGAAGGAUCAGAAGGAGAAGUCGGAGGACGCGACGGAUCCGCAGAAGAAGAAGGAGGAGUUCAAGACGGAGCAGGAGUACGUGCUUGACGACUCCAACUCGCACUUUGCCUUCCUGCUCGUCGCCGACAACCGCACCGACAUGCCGCAGAUGGUCGUGCAUGCGAGGGCCGCCCUCGAGCAGACCGCCGCCUUCCAGUGGACCAUGAAGAAGCGGCUCUCGUUCGAUGAGGGCUGCUGGAAGCACCUGAGCAGACGCAUCUCGGCCAUCAAAGCCGAGGGAUUCGAGGUGCGGGUGAACACGCGCAAGGCCAGAGAGAACAAGCUGUGGUGAGUGAGGUGCAUGUGCAAUGGAGCAGAGUUGCAGAGCUUUCAGUGCUGACCGCGAGACGAAGAUCGACCAAGUGUUCGCAAAACUGCAGGCCGGCAAACCGAACAAGAAGAAGGGCGGCGAGUAGAAUUUCAUUUAUGUGGAUAAAUAUGGUUUGAUUUACAGGACUGUAG